CUCUAGGCAAGCAACUGGUGCUUUAGAGCCGAGAUGUGGAUUUUUGUCCGAGGCCGACUCGGGGUGUCUCGGAUAACGAAUCGCCAGUGGCGAUGAAAAACGACCCGAGUUAGCGUCAGAACGUAUUUUUUUUUACUUGCAGAUAGUUUGCUGAAUGUCAAGAAAUUAAAAGUAGCGGUUGCUUUGUAUCAGUUGAGAGGACUCUACGCCUUUUGUAAGAGCAAGACGUUGGAUCGUGUUUCAUAUUGGCCUAGAAGUGGUCUGUGCAUGCUGCAUGCUUUCUAACCCCUCAUCACCCUGUCCUCACCUUCUGCAUGAUCUCUGACCGUGUACCCGUGAGUUUCCUAGCAUGCACUCUCCACAGAGCUGAGUAGGCCUCCCCUCUCACUGCCUGGCCUGUUGUGAGGGUGUCGAUAUGGGAAAAGACAAGGGUAACGCUCCUCUUCUGAUAUCCAAGACCCCGUGCCCCGGCCGACUGGACCCUGGGCGGGAGCUGAAGAACCUGCGCGCCGUGUUGGAGGCGGAGAAGAGCCGCAACCAGCAGGCCCACCAGCGCUUCUCCUUGGACCUGCGGCGUCUGCGGGCGGAGGCGGAGCGGGAGCAGCGGCGCGCCCUGAGGGAGCUGACGGCCAGGCACGAGCGCCAGAAGGCCCUGGAGCUGGUCAGGCUCCGCGACGAGCUGAGCAAGGAGCAGGCGGGACAGGUGCGAAGCCUGCUGCGCUACCGAAGCCAGGAGCUGAGGGCCUCGGGCGCGGGGCCGGAGAGAGAGCGCGAGGCCGCCCGCAGGGAGUUCCUCCGGUCCGGAGAGGGAAACGCUAGAGGCAGCUGGGGCCACGUCGGUGGUCGAGAGAGGCGGGGGAAAACCACAGAGGGCGGAGGGACCGCUUGUCCGGGCGGCGUGGAGACCUGUCGUAAGCUGGAGCAUCUGCUGCUGCGGCUGCAUGAGGCGGCGGAUGGAGAGCAGGCUUCGUCCCUGCAGAGGCUCAGCCAGGAACUGGGCCCGGAGAAGGGCCUCGUCCUCAGCCACCUGCAGGAGGCCCACGGGCUGCCGGAGGCGGGGGAGCAGAGCCCCAGGUCACCCAGCCGCAGGUCAAAGAGCUGCGCCCAUCUCUUCCACAGCCCCGCCCGCCACCGGUCUCCUCUGGGCCGCUCCAGGUCUCUCUCCCAGAGCUCCAAGAGUGCCUCCCCUCCACCCAACAAGAGGAGCAGGGGAGAGCGCUGGAACUCGCUUUUGGCGAGGGACCUUGCUGCAGCUGCCCGCUGUUCCUCACCCCUCACCGGGGACACCUGUCGGAGCAGCCCCCUGGAGGGCUGCCCUCCUCAGACCUCACCCUAUGCUGACUGGGACCCCCAGUCUUCACCCCGCUCCAGACCAAAGUCCCCUGGGUCAGACCAGUCCUCGAGCUCCCCAUGCUUCGACACCAAGAUGGACCAUAUGAACGGCACGGACUACGGCUUCCUGGCGCGCCAGAACUCGGAGCUGCUGCGGGCUCUGGACGAGCUGGAGAAGACCUGCUCCACCCUGAGAGAGGAGAACAGCCUGCUGAGGAAGAGCAGCGCCCCGGAGACGGAGGAGAAGGUCAGGCGGCUGAGGAGGAAGAACACGGAGCUGGCCGUCAUCGCCAAGAGGCUGGAGGAGAGGGCGCGCAAGCUGCAAGAGGCCAACCUCAAAGUGGCCAACGCCCCAGUUCCAGUGAGGCCCGGGGCGGUGGAGCAGUACAAGCGGGCGUUUGCCCGUCAGCGCGCCCGCGACCUGGCCCAGCACGCCGACACGCUGCUCUCCAAGGACAAGGAGCUCGCCGCCCUGCAGCAGGAGUGCUGGGAGCUGGAGGCCCGACUGGGCACUGCCAAGGGUUCCCCUGUGCCGUCAGGCGUGCUGGAGUUUGAGCGUCUGUUGAGGGAAUCCCAGAAGGAGGUCCUCAGGCUCCAGAGACAGCUGUCUGUCUCUUCCUGCAGAGACCCCAGCACCAGCCCUGCCCCCGUCCCCUGCCUGCCAGACAGGACGCUGGACAAGACGCUGGACAGGACCCUGGACAGGACGCUGGACAGGACUGUGGAAAGGACCCCGGACAGGACCCAGGAUAAGACCCUUGACGGCACCCUGGACCAGACCCAGGACAGCACUCCCCACCAGACCCCAGACACUGCUGUGGAGGUGGAGAAGGUUGCCGGAGAGACCCCGUGUGCGGCGUUAGAUGAGGCCCCAGCCAGGCGUGAGGAGACUCCCGCAGAGGAGGAGGAGUCGGGACUCCCACUGACCCCCCCGCCGGGCCCCACCCCCUCCCACCAGGAGCAGCACACACAGGAGCAGCGUCUACAGUUGCUGGAAAGCGAGCUGAGCAGGAAGAGAAAAGAAUGUGAGAACCUCGAGCAUGAAGUAAGGAAGAGACAGAAGAGAUGCCUGGAUUUGGAGAGCCAGCUUGAGGAGGAGCGCGGCCGGAAUGAGCAACUAGAGGAGGAGGCGGAUCUCCUCAGGAGGAAGGCUCAGCUGCUCGACCAGACGCGGGUUGAGAAUGAGGACCUGAGGGAAGACCUCUCCGAAGUGACCGCUCAACGCAAUUCCGUUCUCGAGGAGAACCAGAGACUCCGUGCCAAACUGGAGAACCUAGAGCAGGUCCUAAAGCAUAUGCGAGAGGUCGCCGAGCGAAGGCAGCAGCUGGAAUUGGAGCAUGAGCAGGCACUGGCUAUCCUCAAGUUCAAACAGGAUGAGAUCAAACGGCUCCAGCGGGCUCAGUUUUUCGCUAAGAGGGAACAUGAAGGCGUGGUGCAGAUGCUGGAGAGUACACUGGACUGCAUGCAGUCUAAGGUGCGGGACUUGGAGGAUAAAUGCCGCAGUCAGAGCGAGCAGUUUGGGCUGCUCUCCCACGAGCUGGAGAAGUUCCGCCUGCAAGCGUCCAAGAUCGACAUGGGCGACGCGUCCAUCCUCACCAACCCCAGCCUCUGCCAUCUGACCAACGGGCUGGGCCUGACUGGAGAGAGAGAUGUGGCGGCAGCGUUACGGUUGGGGGCCACCCCCCACGCCGCAGGGCUGUCAAGGACGGAGCGCUCCCCCACCACCAAGCACCGAGAGCUGCCCACCAUCAGCAUCAAGUCAGGCUCGGCCUCCAGCACCACAAAGUCAGAGAUCACCCACCUCAGCCCCAAGUCGGACACCCACCUCAGCCCCCGCAGGUCCAGCCCCACGCACGAGGUGGACACGGCCAGCGAGGUGGAGGAGCUGGACAUCGACCUGGCCCCGGCGCCCUACAGCACCGCCGUCCGGGGGGCGGCCAAGCUCCAGGUGUUCAUCUCCAGAUACAGUUACAACCCCUACGACGGCCCCAAUGACAACCCAGAGGUGGAGCUUCCUCUCACGGCUGGAGAGUACAUCUACGUGUACGGAGACAUGGAUGACGACGGCUUCUAUGAAGGUGAGCUGAUGGACGGGCGGAGAGGGCUGGUCCCCUCCAACUUCGUGGAGCGCAUUUCCGACGACGACGUCAUGAGCGCCCCCCCUCCCGAGGGCGUGGAGGUGUCCCACAACUCCCUGCUGGACAGCAGCUCCACAGCGCCAGCGAGCGCCACCACCACCACCUCCCCCCGCCCCCCCCGCACGGCCCCCGGCGCCUCCGACAGGACGGACCCUCCCCCGGCCUCCGCCUCCGCCCCCCCGGAGCCGCCCCCCUCCGCCCCCUUGGCCCCCCUCACCAACGGCCUGGACCUGGACCUGGAGGAGGUGGGGGCGGACACCGUGCCUUACCCCCGCAAGCUCACCCUCAUCAAGCAGCUGGCCAAGAGCAUCAUCAUCGGGUGGGACCCGCCGCUGGUGCCCGCCGGCUGGGGCAACGUGUGGAGCUACAACGUGUACGUGGACCAGGAGCUGCGCCUCAACGUGCCGUUUGGCGCCCAGACCAAGGCGGUGCUGGAGCGGCUGGACGUGACCCUCAAGACGUACCGCGUGUCGGUGCAGAGCCUGACGGAGCGCGGCGCCUCCGACCAGCUGCGCUGCAGCGCGCUGGUGGGGCGCGACGUGGGCGUGGCGCCCACGCAGCUCCGCGUCGAGCGCCUCACCGCCACCUCGGCCAGCCUGGCCUGGCUGCCCAGCAACAGUAACUAUGUGCACAUUGUGUCCUUGAACGAGGAGGAGUGCGAGCUGGUGAAGGCCGGCUGCUACUCGCUGUGCCUCGCCAACCUCGCGCCCAGCCUGCGCUACACCGUCAAGGUGGAGGCGCGGCCCCACCGCACGCCCUGGGAGCUCCCGCUGGACCGCCGCCAGCACAAGACCGCCACCAUCUCCUUCUCCACCCUCAUGGCAGGCCCUCCUGAUGCUCCCCUGGGCCUCCAGCUGGAGCGCGGCCCGUCCCCAGGGAUAGCUCUCAUCAGCUGGCUGCCUGUCACCAUAGAUGCUGCAGGGACCUCCAACGGGGUCCGCGUCACCGGGUACACCAUAUACGCUGACAAGAAAAAGGUGUUGGAGGUGUCCUCCCCCACGGCGGGCAGUGCCCUCCUGGGCCCGUCCCAGAUCCAGUCCCUCCAGGCUGCCCAGGAGCUCACCGUCCGCACCACGUCUGCCCACGGGGAGUCCCCCGACUCUGUGCCAGUCAGCGUGCCCGCCAAGCUGACCGCCAUCAUGACGGGCCCGGCCUCCCCCGGCCCGCCCUCCCCCGGCAGCAGAGCCCUCGCCGGCACCUACGCCCUGCCGGAACCCUCCGUCCUGCCCCCGUCGCCCUCCUACGGGAACUCUCCUGCCAAAACCUCCUCCAUGCUGCCCCACGCCUCGCCGCUAGACGCACACGCCAUGGGCCCCGCGGGCGGGCCCCCCGCCAACUCUGCCCCUGCCCUGCCCGCCGAAGCCCUUCUGCCCCCCCCUGCCUCCUACGCGGAGGCCUGGGCCAACCCCUCGUCCGCCGCCCCCCUGAGGGCUGCCUUGGCAGUGCAAGAGGCCACCCUACCGCCCAACUCCACCUUCGUCAGCCCAACGGUCAGCGUGGCCUUGCCCCCCACCCCGCCACCAGCAGCAGUGGUCGCCCCGGCCGUGCUGGAGCACGACAGAGACACCAGCAGCCCCGUAGCGAUGCGCCCCCUCGUCUCCAUGUCGGAGUUCCUGGAGGACUCCCGUGCCAACUUCAGCGCCCCCGAGCCCAGCCUGCCGCAGCCCAAGGCCCCCGUCACGGACCUGCUGGACCCCCAGGACACCCACCCCCUGCGGCCGCCCAACGCCUCGCCCAUGGAAUCCGAGGCCGAGGAGGAGAGCGAGAGGAGCCGUCUGGUGUCCAUCGAGGAGUUCCUCAGCCAGGAUCAGAACCCGGCUCACAGCUCCAGGCAGCAGCAGGGUUACGGCGGGGCGCAGGCGGUCCCGGCCAGCGAGUACCAGGCUGAGAGCAGCCGGGGGUCGGACCUGUCUGACAUCCUGGAGGAGGAGGAGGAAGACCUCUACUCUGACCCCCCCGGAGAGAGGCAGCCCCGGGGAUACACCGUGGGAGCUAACCGGUCGGACCGCUGGGAGGUGGACAGUGACGAGGAGGUGCUGGAGAGGAUCCUGAAACUUCCCCCGCAGGCCCCCCGCACCAAGCGGCUGUUCAGCAUCCCCGAGGUGACAGACGAGGAGGACAACACCCAGGAGGAGCCGCCCCACCACCACCACCCCCGCCCGGCCCCGGGCAGGCCCCGGCACGCGCAACGCCCUGGGGACGGCCCCCACAGCCCUCGACACCACCACCAUCACCACCACCACCACCAGCCCGACCCCGAGACCCCACCGCACCACCACCACCACAACCACAGCGUCAGCCGGGAGUUCAGAAGCCAGGCCCGGGAGCAGGCCCGGGAGCAGGCCCGGCCCCAGCACAGAGUCCGCUACGCGGACGCGGUGGAUGCCGUCAGCUACCCUGAGGACGAGGGGGAGCUGGACUCUGAUGCUAACCUGUACGCAGGGCCCAGCAGCGGGCAGGUGUGGACGCAGCGCGGCCCCCUCAAAGCCCCCCACCACCCCGGCCGGGAGGGGACGGUGGCCCUGGUGGGGGGGGUGGGCGACCGCCUCAGGAGGGAGGCCCUGCUCAGGAGUCAGAUGGCCGUUGCGGCGGCGGCAGGCCACGGCCCCGGCCCCGGCCCGGCCUCCCAGGGCGGCCCCUACCUGGUCAGCAAGACGGUGCGCACGGUGAAGGCGCCCAGCCCGGGGGUGGAGAUCGACGUGGAGUACGGCACGGACACCGACGAGGAGCCCCUGGGCUACGCCCCGGGGGAGGUGGUGGUGGAGCAGAUGAGCUCCGAGUGGUGGGUGGAGGGGGCCCAGCCGGACGCCUCCCGCCCCGCUCUCCGCCGCCCCAAGCCUGAGCUCCAGGCCUCGGCCGCAGCCCGCCAGAAACGGGAGGGAGGCCGAGAUCCGGGGCAGGAGGCUGGGGCUCCGUGGGGGGGAGGCCCGACAGAGCUCUCCCCUAAACUGGCACGCUCUGUAGCCAGGAAGAUAAAAGAGAGUGUGGAGUCCGGCAGACCGGUCGGAGACAGCGAGGUUCGUGUCUUCGUGGCCCUCUUCCCCUACGACCCGGCCGCCAUGUCGCCCAACACGGACGCCGCCGAGGAGGAGCUGCCGUUCCGAGAGGGACAGAUCAUCAAGGUGUACGGGGACAAGGAUUCAGAUGGGUUCUACCGGGGCGAGUCUGGAGGUCGUCUAGGUUACGUGCCGUGCAACAUGGUGUCUGAGAUCCAGGUGGAGGACGAGGAGACCAGAGAGCAGCUGCUUCAGCAGGGCUUCCUGGCCACCGACGCCUCCAUGGAGAAGAUAGAUCCCAGCCAAUCUGCUGUUGCCACGGGCAACCCAGAACCGGGCCCUCGCAGGAUGGUGGCCAUCUUUGAUUACGACCCUCGAGAGAGCUCACCCAACACCGACGUAGAGGCUGAGUUGACCUUCAGUGCAGGAGACAUCAUCUAUGUAUUCGGAGACAUGGAUGACGAUGGCUUCUUUUACGGAGACCUGAACGGACAGAAGGGCCUGGUGCCGUCCAACUUCCUGCAGGCCGUGCCGGAGACGGGGGAGGAGGGGGCCGGGGGGGGACCCCCGGCAGAGGGGCCUGCGGCAGCCACCAGGAGAGACUCCCAGGUGAGCGCGAUCACCUCCGUGGAGCAGCUGGACCCACGGGCCACGGGCCCAGAUGAGGCCGUGCAGCCCCAGGCAGGGCUGGCCCUCUCCCAGCGCACCGUCCUGGAGCCAGCAGCAGAGGUUGAGCCGUCACCAGCACCACACCCUGCCCACGCCCCCGCCCACGUCCCCGCCCCCAGGCAGGUCACAAGCUCCUCCCCCCCUGACCCCCCCGCACAAACAGACUCCUCCCCACCGGGCAAGAAGAAGAAAAGUUUCUUCUCCAAAGGGAAAAAGCUGUUUAGAAAGCUGGGCUCCUCCAGCAAGAAGGAAUGAGAGCUGGGAUGACAGUUCCAGUUUGAAAGCACUUUUCCAUGUUUGUCGUUCGUCUCAGAUGUUAGCAUUGAACUAACACAUCACUAGGACAUAUAUAGACCUUAACACACCUAUAAAGCUCUGUAUAACACUUCCUAGCCCAGCUGUCCAGAUAUGAUGCGUAUAUUCAGCUCUAUGGCCAACACAACGCUGUAGCGUCAGCAUGUUCAUUUGCAUGUGGCCGUAUUUGAACUCCCCGCUCUCUCACAGUCUGCCUCCAAAUAUCCCCUGAUUAAGUAUUAACCAGUAGUUCACUCUUUUGAGGUUUAGACUUAAUCUCAAAGUAAUCUCUGAAGGAUUUGCCUCGAGGGAUGUGACACUGAAGUGAUUUGGAGAUGCUACACCUGGACGAACUGGUGGGUCAGUGCGGUGAGGCUCAUUCCAGGGUCAUGGUGCGGCCGUGAGACGGGAAAGUGAGUCUGUUUCUGGUGUUCUCACUCUGUGUAGAUCUACCUGCAGUAGAGCAGCAACCUGAUCGAUUCUAAUUAGAUUUCAAACGUUUUUUUUUCGGUCGGUUGUGAGAAGCAUUCUAUUAUUAUAUUACAGUUGUGUUUUAAUGCCGACUAAGUGUACAAACUGGGCAAUUUGCGAAUGUGUACAAUUGCAGUUAGUUAACUGUACAAACUGUCAGUCUGUCCAAAUCCGGAGUGUUAGUUUUGGUCGGGCGGGUGUUGCAUGCUGUGGUGUCAGAGCAGGAAGUCCUUAGUGGCUCGCUGCAGCUGAGAUGGCCCUACAUGUGAAGGGGCUGCAGGUGGAGAGGCGCCCUGGUCAGUGCAGUGUUUCUGGGUGUGGAUGGAGGAGGGAGCCAGGGGCCUGCGGAGGUGUUUGUGGGCAGAGGAUGUCUGCAGACUGCCGACACUGAAGCUUGGAAAUGCCUUUUUUUUUUUCAGACGAUGACACGGAACUCAUGGUCAUGACUCUGGCACUGGACAGGCCUGGAUGUUGUGUGUGUGUGUGCACAUGUGUGUGUGUGUGUGUAUGCGUGCGCCAGGAAGGAUAACAAAAGAAGCCCAUGGUUCCAUGUCUCUCUGCUGGUGUUAUUGGGUCAGUCUGGAGUCCUUAUGUCCAUCAGCCUGUCUGCUGCUGCAGUCUCAGCCUCCGUUUUAGGAGUACUGUAGGGUUAGGGGACAAGUCACUCAAACUUAACACAAGUAUUGGUUCUUGACCGCUUAGACCACUCUGGUAAUGUAGUUUUUGACAACACAAGCACUGUAGUUUUUCUGUCUUACACAGUAGGCAAAGACACUGUGUAUAUAUGCAGUGGUUUCUGAGUGUGGUAUCCUAAUGAGAAAGGUCCUUUCUUACUGCAAUAUGUUUGUCCUGACAUUGUUUUGUUUGUUUGAUUUAGUUUAGUUUCAUUACUCUUGGGCUAUAAUUGGGUUAAAUGAUUUCUCAGGUUUUUACUCAAGUCUGUUAGUUGUGUAAUGAGCCAUGUUGUCUUAGCUGUGGCUGUCUAAACUGCAGGAUAAGAUACUUGCCAAAAUCUUUGGUGCUUUGCCUGUUACCAAGUCAGCAAGAGCACCAGGGUUGUGUUCAGUGGUGAACAGUCAAGUGAUGAUGAAUGUGUAAUGUGAAAGAGGUAGUGUAUUUGUUAUAUGUGACAGUCUGCUGGCUCCUUUCAAUAGCCCCUGUCAUGGAGGUGGAGUCAAAGCACACCUGACAGUAUAUGUUGGAGGCAAAUUUGGUUUAUUUGUUAUUUUGAAUCUUUUCUUUUUGGGGGGAAGGGGGGCGGGGGGGGGGGUGAGGGGGAACUAUUUUAUUUUUGUACCAUCUAGUUCUGUCAUUGUUGUUGAAGGGACCCUAAUGAUUAGUGGAACAUGCCAAUGAAGAAAGGACUGGCUUGAAUGUGUUAGAUGGUGUUUUUACAGGGCUGCACAGAACCAGGAACGAGGUAGCACAGGUCGUAAUGUCAGAGGAGGUACUUUGAAGUUGCCGAAAUGUAGUCUAUUCGUAUGUCCUCAUGGCCUUUAAUGCACUGCUGUUCCCUACCCUGCUCUGUAGUAAGAAGGCUGCUACACUUAUCACUCACCGUAGGUAGGUAGUACCCCUGUCCAAUGAGACUGUCCCCUAGUCCAGCUCUGCUACUUCAAAACGACCUGAACCUUUAGGAAGCAUUUUAGGCAAGUUGAUAUUAUUUAGCCUUACAAGACCUUGUUUAGUCUUAAUGUGUUGUUUACAUGACUUUUAUCGACUGCAUGCAUAAUGAUGUGUACCCAUAUUCUGCCUUAUUAAUUUAUUGUAAUAUUUAUGUAUUUAUAGUUCUACUUGGAUAUAUUUCGGUAGUCUGACUGUGAAUGCAGUGGUAAGCCAAGUAUGGAGCGUGGUGUGUUUAGGAGUUUAUGUCUGUAUAUAAUGCACAGUGUUCGGUAGGUUGCUGAUGGGACUUUGAUAAGAAGUACGGUAUUUUCAUACAGAGAAGGAUUUUUUUUUCUGUCUUUCCUGACCUGUAUGCAGUCUUCUAAAACCAAGUGGAAGAUGUGCUUUUUGUAUAAUAAGGUUUUUAUUACCCAUUUUGGAAGUUCACCUGUAAAUAUGUGUUUGUUUAUAUUGUUUUUCAGAUGUCUUUUUGCAUGUCAAGGCAGUGUUGGUUGAAGAGGAAUAUCAGAGAUAGGGCACAGACUUGUUGACGUUGUGGCAGUUUCUUUCAAUAUGGAUCUUUUUACAGGAAUAAAGUCUAUUUUCACAGAAAUCUUA